CGGACCGCGAGUGAUAACGACGCUGCCAAAUGUGCGUCCGUCCUCGCUCGGCCGGUCCACGCUUGCUAACAUCAUCAUCUCACCCCCGAGAGGCUCACCGUUUUGUAGAACACGAGAUUGGAGUAGAGGCGAACCAGGACCACGCCAUCGUUCCGUCGUGUCCAGGAUCCACCGAGUACCAUCAACCAUCAACCGUCAACCAUCGCACACCACGUCCUCGUCGAAACGUCACGCUACGUCUACUCACUCCAUUAUUAUUAAGCGGUAGUAAAGUGACAAGUCCUGACGUGUGUCUUUGCUUAUAUGUAUCACCUACCACCAAAUAUACUGAUCGUAGUACUCGGUACGUGUGACAACAGACGUCUCUUUGUGCUCGCGGUGUGAUCAUUGUGUUUUUUUUGUUUGUUGUUCCAACAAUCCUUUUUUUAGGUACCUGGGUGAUAACUUUUUGUUGGGUUUUAUCCAGAAACUGAGGCUUUGUUACUGAGUACGCGGGCUGGAUUUACUACAAGUGACACCCCGUAUUGACGGGGAAUUUUGGUGAUGUACGACAGCGGUAGCUGUUCGUACUCGGGGGCGCUGGACUUGAAGGGUGCCUCAGGAACUACGGGUUCAACAGCCACCGGAGUGAGUGUCGCGUCGCCAGGAGUUAAGCAGGAAAACUGGCCGUACAGAGGACUCGCCUGCGGGAGCACCUUUCAGCAGCUUAAGCAGAGCGUCGAGAAGGCCAAGCAGGCACUCGCGGAUCGCGGUGGAUACCUUGCUGGAGCUUUUUCACCGCCUCCACGUGUCAAUCCGUCUACUAUUUCGCCCACUGCCACCAUCACUGAUGCAAGCAGUUCGUACAAAGGUGGCUGGAGUCACGCCACUUCACCGGGUCCCGGCCAGGGCUAUGGAGGCGGAUUGUCGAAAUCUGCUCUUGACACACAUUCACAUCUACGACAACCUGAUCCAUAUCAAAUGUUUGGCGCAACGAGCAGCAGACUGGCGUCCUCGGGGUCUGGGCAGAUCCAGCUCUGGCAAUUUCUUCUAGAACUUCUGUCAGACUCGAGCAACGCAGCGUGUAUCACCUGGGAGGGCACAAACGGGGAGUUUAAGCUCACCGAUCCCGACGAGGUCGCGAGACGCUGGGGCGAGCGCAAGUCUAAACCCAACAUGAAUUACGACAAAUUAUCUCGAGCGCUCAGGUACUACUACGACAAAAACAUAAUGACAAAGGUGCACGGCAAGAGGUACGCGUACAAGUUUGACUUCCAAGGACUAGCUGCGGCGACACAACCGGCGGCGGCGGACCCCGCGGCGUACAAGUACCAGAGCGAGCUCUUUAUGUCGGGGUACGGGCACGCGAAACUCAAUCUGAUGCCUCCCCCGGCAGCUUCGGUGUCAGUUUCGGUCCCCGGUGGUCUUUUCCAGUCGGCCUCCAGCUACUGGAGCAGCCCAAGCGCGAAUCUUUACGCGGGGCACCACACUGCGUCGGGACACGUGCCUCCUCAUCUCGGCACUUACCCCCAUUACGCAUGACCCACCCCCGAGCACUGGGGGGCUCUCGGUACACCGCGUUAAAGCCUACAAUAUCUAACAAUUUUUAUUUUAUUUUUAAUUUAUACAUAUUUAAUUAAUAUAUAUCAAGGGUUUUGCAAGUUGGUGUGCUUUUAAUGGUCGAUUGAUUUUAAUUUUUGACUUUUUAAAUUAUUAUUUAAGCUUCAAAAAAUUUCUCAAACCUCU